AUGCCUGCCCGUACCGCCCCGGCGCGGGUGCCUGCGCUGGCCUCCCGGGCCUUCUCACUGCCUGACGAUGUCCGCAGGCGGCUCAAAGAUUUGGAAAGAGAUAGUUUGACAGAAAAGGAAUGUGUGAAGGAGAAACUGAAUCUCUUGCACGAGUUUCUGCAGACAGAAAUAAAGAAUCAGUUAUGUGAUUUGGAAACCAAAUUACAUAAAGAAGAAUUAUCUGAGGAGGGCUACCUGGCUAAAGUCAAAUCCCUUUUAAAUAAAGAUUUGUCCUUGGAGAACGGAGCUCAUGCUUUCAGUCGGGAAGCGAAUGGAUGUCUAGAGAACGGGAGCCAGACAAGUGGUGAGGAUUGCAGAGUGGUAAUGGCAGAGAAAGGCAAGCCCCCCAAACCUGUCUCCAGACUUUACACGCCCAGGAGAAGCAAGUCUGAUGGAGAAACAAAGUCUGAAGUCUCUUCUAGCCCCAGGAUUACAAGGCAGACUACCAGGCAGACCACCAUCACAUCUUAUUUUGCACAGGGCCCUGCCAAACGAAAACCCGAGGAAGGACCUGAAAAAGUGAAGUCAGACGAUUCUGUUGAUGAAGAAAAAGACCAGGAGGAAAAGAGACGUCGAGUUACAUCCAGAGAACGAGUUGCUGGGCUGCUCCCUGCAGAAGAACCAGGAAGAGUAAGACCAGGAACACACAUGGAAGAAGAAGGAAGAGAUGAUAAAGAAGAAAAGAGACUCAGAAGUCAAACCAAAGAACCGACACCUAAACAGAAAGCUAAGGAGGAGCCAGACAGAGAUGCGAGGCCUGGAGGAGCUCAGGCUGAAAUGAAUGAAGGAGAAGACAAAGAUGAAAAGAGGCACAGAAGUCAACCCAAAGAUCUAGCUAGCAAGCGGAGACCAGAAGAGAAAGAGCCUGAAAGAGUAAAACCACAAGUCUCUGAUGAGAAAGAUGAAGAUGAAAAGGAGGAGAAGAGACGCAGAACUACAUACAGAGAACUAACUGAGAAGAAAAUGACUCGAACCAAAAUAGCAGUGGUGUCCAAGACCGAUCCUCCGAAGUGCACUGAGUGCUUGCAGUACCUGGACGACCCCGAGCUGAGAUACGAGCAGCACCCCCCUGAUGCGGUGGAAGAGAUACAGAUACUGACCAACGAGAGGUUGUCCAUCUUCGAUGCUAACGAAUCUGGCUUUGAGAGUUAUGAGGAUUUGCCCCAACACAAACUAACCUGCUUCAGCGUGUACUGUAAACGCGGCCACCUUUGCCCGAUCGACACCGGCCUCAUUGAGAAAGAUGUCGAGCUCCUCUUUUCUGGUUCAGCGAAGCCGAUAUACGAGGAUGACCCAUCUCCCGAAGGUGGUAUUAAUGGCAAAAAUUUUGGGCCCAUAAACGAAUGGUGGAUUGCUGGUUUUGAUGGAGGUGAAAAGGCUCUUCUUGGCUUCAGCACCUCGUUUGCCGAGUAUAUCUUGAUGGAUCCCAGCCCAGAGUACGCACCACUAUUCAGCGUGAUGCAGGAGAAGAUCUACAUAAGUAAGAUAGUGGUUGAGUUCCUACAGAGCAACCCUGACUCCACCUACGAAGACCUGAUCAAUAAGAUUGAGACCACUGUUCCUCCUUGUAUGCUCAACUUGAAUCGAUUCACAGAGGAUUCUCUCCUGCGGCAUGCCCAGUUCGUGGUGGAGCAAGUAGAGAGUUAUGAUCGGGCUGGGGACAGUGACGAGCAGCCCAUCUUCCUGAGCCCCUGCAUGAGAGACCUCAUCAAGCUGGCCGGGGUCACCCUGGGAAAAAGGCGAGCCGAAAGGCGGCAGACCAUCCGGCAACCCGCCAAGGAGAAGGACAAGGGCCCCACCAAGGCCACCACCACCAAGCUGGUCUACCAGAUCUUCGACACUUUCUUUGCGGAGCAAAUUGAGAAAGAUGACAAGGAAGACAAGGAGAAUGCCUUCAAGCGCCGGCGCUGCGGCGUCUGUGAGAUUUGUCAGCAGCCCGAGUGUGGAAAGUGUAAGGCCUGUAAGGAUAUGGUUAAAUUUGGUGGUAGUGGACGGAGCAAGCAGGCUUGCCAAAAGAGGAGGUGUCCCAACAUGGCCAUGAAGGAGGCAGAUGAUGAUGAGGAAGUGGAUGACAAUAUUCCAGAGAUGCCAUCACCCAAAAAGAUGCACCAGGGGAAGAAAAAGAAGCAGAACAAGAAUCGGAUCUCUUGGGUUGGCGAUGCCGUCAAGACUGACGGGAAGAAGAGUUACUACAAGAAGGUAUGCAUUGACUCGGAAACCCUGGAAGUGGGGGACUGUGUUUCUGUAAUUCCAGACGACUCUUCAAAACCACUGUAUCUAGCAAGGGUCACGGCGCUGUGGGAGGACAGCAGCAAUGGGCAGAUGUUCCAUGCCCACUGGUUCUGUGCUGGGACGGACACAGUCCUCGGGGCCACUUCGGACCCCCUGGAGCUGUUCCUGGUCGACGAAUGUGAGGAUAUGCAGCUCUCGUACAUCCACAGCAAGGUGCAGGUCAUCUAUAAGGCCCCCUCGGAGAACUGGGCCUUGGAGGGAGGCGUGGACCCCGAGGCCCUGAUGUCGGAGGACGACGGGAAGACCUACUUCUACCAGCUGUGGUACGACCAAGACUACGCGAGAUUUGAGUCCCCUCCGAAAACUCAGCCAACAGAGGACAACAAGUACAAGUUCUGUGUGAGCUGUGCACGUCUGGCCGAAAUGAGGCAGAAGGAAAUCCCCAGGGUCAUGGAGCAGCUCCAGGACCUGGAAGGCCGUGUUCUCUAUAGCCUUGCCACCAAGAACGGCGUCCAGUACCGGGUGGGCGAUGGCGUGUACCUCCCUCCCGAGGCCUUCACCUUCAACAUCAAGCUGUCCAGUCCUGUGAAACGCCCCCGGAAGGAGCCUGUGGACGAAGCUCUGUAUCCAGAGCACUACCGGAAGUACUCGGACUACAUCAAGGGCAGCAACCUGGAUGCCCCCGAGCCCUACCGUGUUGGCCGCAUAAAGGAGAUCUUCUGCAGCAAGAAGAGCAACGGCCGGCCCAAUGAGACAGACAUCAAGAUCAGGGUCAACAAGUUCUACAGGCCGGAGAACACACACAAGUCUACCCCGGCCAGUUACCACGCAGACAUCAACCUGCUCUACUGGAGCGAUGAGGAGGCCGUGGUGGACUUCAAGGCCGUGCAGGGCCGCUGCACCGUGGAGUACGGAGAGGACCUGCCUGAGUGCCUCCAGGACUUCUCUGCUGGUGGCCCCGAUCGCUUCUACUUUCUCGAGGCCUAUAAUGCCAAGAGCAAAAGCUUUGAAGAUCCUCCGAACCACGCCCGGAGCCCUGGAAAUAAGGGGAAGGGGAAGGGGAAAGGAAAAAACAGGACGAAAUCUCAGACAUGUGAGCCUAGUGAACUGGAGACAGAAAUCAAACUGCCGAAGCUGCGGACCCUGGACGUGUUUUCCGGCUGUGGGGGACUGUCAGAAGGCUUCCACCAAGCAGGCAUCUCGGAGACGCUUUGGGCCAUCGAGAUGUGGGACCCUGCGGCCCAGGCGUUCCGGCUCAACAACCCUGGGUCCACGGUGUUCACAGAGGACUGCAACGUCCUGCUGAAGCUGGUCAUGGCUGGGGAGGUGACCAACUCCCGCGGCCAGAAGCUGCCUCAGAAGGGAGACGUGGAGAUGCUGUGCGGUGGGCCGCCCUGCCAGGGCUUCAGUGGCAUGAACCGCUUCAACUCUCGAACCUACUCCAAGUUCAAGAACUCCCUGGUGGUCUCCUUCCUCAGCUACUGUGACUACUACCGGCCCCGCUACUUCCUCUUGGAGAACGUUCGAAACUUCGUCUCCUUCAAGCGCUCCAUGGUCCUGAAGCUGACGCUGCGCUGCCUGGUCCGCAUGGGCUACCAGUGCACCUUCGGUGUGCUGCAGGCUGGUCAGUACGGCGUGGCCCAGACUCGGAGGCGAGCCAUCAUCCUGGCUGCAGCCCCUGGGGAGCCACUCCCUCUGUUCCCCGAGCCGUUGCACGUGUUCGCGCCCCGGGCCUGCCAGCUGAGCGUCGUGGUGGACGACAAGAAGUUUGUCAGCAACAUCACCAGGUUGAGCUCAGGUCCCUUCCGAACCAUCACCGUGCGGGACACGAUGUCCGACCUCCCCGAGGUCCGGAACGGGGCCUCGGCACUGGAGAUCUCAUACAACGGGGAGCCCCAGUCCUGGUUCCAGAGGCAGCUCCGGGGCUCGCAGUACCAGCCCAUCCUCAGGGAUCAUAUUUGCAAGGACAUGAGCGCCUUGGUGGCUGCCCGCAUGCGGCACAUCCCCCUGGCCCCGGGCUCGGACUGGCGUGACCUGCCCAACAUUGAGGUGCGGCUCUCUGACGGCACCCUGGCCCGGAAGCUGCGGUACAACUACCACGACAAGAAGAACGGCUGCAGCAGCGCCGGUGCCCUCCGUGGGGUCUGCUCCUGUGUGGAAGGCAAGCCCUGUGAGCCUGCGGCCCGACAGUUCAACACCCUUAUCCCCUGGUGCCUGCCCCACACUGGGAACAGGCACAACCACUGGGCUGGCCUCUACGGGCGUCUUGAGUGGGACGGCUUCUUCAGCACAACUGUCACCAACCCUGAGCCCAUGGGUAAGCAGGGCCGCGUGCUCCACCCUGAGCAGCACCGAGUGGUGAGCGUGCGGGAGUGUGCCCGCUCCCAGGGCUUCCCUGACACCUAUCGGCUGUUCGGCAACAUCCUGGACAAGCACCGGCAGGUGGGUAAUGCUGUGCCGCCGCCACUGGCCAAAGCCAUCGGCUUGGAGAUCAAGCGCUGCAUGUUGGCCAAAGCGCGCGAGAGCACCUCAGCUAAAAUCAAGGAGGAGGCUGCCAAGGACUAGUUCUCUCCUCCUAUCACCCAUGUUUCUGCCACCAGAGAUCCCCAGCGUGCACUGAUAUUGUUGUAUUUUCACUUGUCAAUCAGUCAGUUCAGGUGUGUCGUAUGCGGUGUUUGUGGCCUUGGCUGACAUGAAGCUCUUCAGUGAGAUUUGCCUAUCGGCUAAUUUGACUUAGUGAUCAAACUGUGCAGUACUUUGUCCAUUCGGGAUUUUAAAAGUUUUUUAUUACGCAUUAUAUCAA